CUUUCAGAGUGCAUCUCAUCUUCCCUUGUCCCCUUUGCACCGACCCGUCAUCCCGUUUUCAGUUUUUUAGUCUCUAUAUAUCAUUCAUUUGCAUAGAUAUUAUACCCAACAGCUCGCAAUGUCAGAUCCGUUAAGCAUUACGGCCGGCGCUAUUGGUAUUGCCGCCGCUGUUACUGCUUGUAUCGAUUGUUUCAACUAUGUUCAAUCGGGGCGUCACUUUGGACGAGACUAUGAGACAUGUGUGCUACUCCUAGAGGGUGAAAAAGUAAGACUGGCUCGCUGGGGUGAAGCCAUUCAGGCGGACGAGGAUGCCAUGCUAAAGAAGCCGGAUGCGAAACUUGAAGAGACUGAGAUGGCGAAGAGAUUCCUUCUGCAGAUCCUCGUCCUUCUUGCGGACACCGAAAAGCUCUCAAAAAAACACAAGCCGAGUGCGAAGGCCGGGACCGAUCUGUCAACCCUCACAACAAAUGAGCUAGACCUUGCCGUCGUAUCGUGGACCACCAAGAUAAAGGAAAUGUCAGUGAAGAGACAAAAAAAUACCAGCUUCCUGAAGCGUACUGUCUGGGCUAUAUAUCACAAAUCGGAAUUUGAGGAGUUGAUUACCAACAUCCGUCAACUAAUCGACAACCUUGAGAUGUUUACCCCUGUCCUUAAAACCCAACCUGAACCUGCCAAAGAACAUUCUAGUCAGAUCUCUAGCGAGCAGUCUCCGAUGGGGUCCAUUCCCGGCCACCAAUAUGUCAACGUUGCCGUCGAUGGGAUGGCUCGAAUUGGCGACACUUUCAGUGGUUGCUGGCAAGGCGCACAAGGCGCAUCCCAUACAUAUCAUGGUGUCGUGGUUAAGAGCUCAGGUAAAGCUUUCAUGGGAAACAACUACGGAGGGAAAGGUUUCUGGGACGACUAGCCGAAGCUAGAUUUUGGCCAGAGGAUUGAAGGGCGGGCACGUCGUGUCGGGAGGCUGUCAUCUCGAAGACGGAGAGGAGGAAAUGGGGCGCUCAGUCUAUUUUAUACUAAAUACAGUAUAGUUGGGCUAGUAGUGGAGCUUGAGUACUUGACAAGGCGCACUUUAUUCAACACGGGAGAGUAAACAUGGGUGGGCUUAUUUAGGAUGACCCCUGGCGAUUUUGUACAGUUUUGUAUAAUAUUUCGCCAUUUGACC